CAUUGAUUUUGUUGAGUGAACUGCAUGACUUCUGAGAGAAAGAAAAGCCGUCUCUCAAACGAGUUAAAAUGCUGUUAUCAACAAAGACCCCCAGGGCCCUGGCGGCCAUCUUUGAGAGCCCCAGUGAUGACGAGGACUUCCUGGGUUUUGCCGUGCCAGUGCUGAGUGACAGCGAGUCAGACAGCCUAGCCUCCGAGGACUCUGGGAAGCCGGCCAUGUCUUUCAGGUCAAAGUUUGUGACCUCGGAGUUGGUUAGUCUGUUUAGCCAUUCUGACAAUGAGGGGGAGGAGUUUGAGGGCUUCAGUGAGGAAGAGGAGGAGAAGAGGGGUUCCAGAAGCAGGACGAAGGCUAUGUGCAUAGCGGAGGAGAGUGACGAGGACACAGGGUUCUACUCUGAGGGGGAGGAGCCAGACACACACAAGAGGAAGAGUCUCUGUGUCGCCUUCAGGUUUCCCACAAAAAGACUCUCUGCCCAGAAAGGGGAGGUACCAAUCAACGCCGCGCCUCUGGAGAGGCAGCCUCUCAUUGGUUCUCAUCUAAAAAGGGGUUUGUCUCAGGAGUCCAGUGGGAGGGACACACAGGGUCAGAAACCGCCCCCCCAGAAAGCGGCGUUAGGAAAAGAGAAGAUGGAGGUCGAGUCUCGGGUUCUAAAUAAACGAGCCAAGAACAUCCAGGAGAACAAAGCCAUGUUGGCCAAGCUGUUUGCUGACCUGACCAACAUGUCUGAAGUCACCUCGUCUCCUACCAAGAAGAGGCGUGUGAGUGAGAAGCCGCCCCCUCGUAGACGAGGUGUGUGUGAGGGCAGCGAGAGGAGGAACCCAUCGCGUGCGGCCAGACCGCCAGAGAAGUUCGGGGUGGAGGAGAGCGGCACCUCCCCUCCACGACACCACAGAUCCGUGAGGACGAUCGACGUCGGGAAACUACUGGAGGUGGACGAGCUGGGUAGAAGCGGGAAGAAGAGGAGGGCGAGCAGCGGGAAGAAGAGGAGAAUUACCCAUGUGAGAUCAGUGGAUGAAAUCACAGAGGAAGAGCUGGACAACGUGGCGCAACGCGCCAAAGACAAGAUACUGGACAAGGACCAUGGCAGCACCUGUCACCAGUGCAGACAGAAAACUCUGGACACCAAGACGGUCUGUCGAAGUGGAGUGUGUAUAGGGGGCAAAGGUCAGUUCUGUGGGCCCUGUCUGAGGAACCGCUACGGAGAGGACGUACACACGGCUCUACUAGACCCGGACUGGGAGUGUCCUCUGUGUAGAGGUAUCUGUAACUGCAGUCUGUGUCGACGGAGAGAAGGACGCUGUGCAACCGGACAACUGGUCCAUUUGGCUCAACACAAGGGCCACAGCAACGUCCAAGAUUACCUGGAGAGCAUCCAGAAAGAUCUUAGAGCCUAGAGACAAGCAGACAGCGCCCCCGUUGGUCAGAACUGAGAAUUACACCCAAAUGUAAUAAUCUCUCCUUUCUCCUGAAGUGUACACUCGUUCACUUCUUCCCACCAAUCUGAAAGUAUUGGAUUGGAGGAGACAUGGGCUAAAAGAGGUUUCCACCAUAUUUCGUACACCAGUCAUUCCCUAAUAAAUCAAUAAAUGGAAGUGAACAAGUGCACACAUUUGGAAGGAAGGUGCGAUAAUUAGGACGUCGUCACACUGACGCACAUUGUCCUGCUUUAAUACCGUCACAGUUCAGACUAGAACUCAGGGUGUUCAUCUGCCACAGGUCCCUCUGACACCUUAUUUAAUCACAGUCAUGUUCAGUAGGCACACAACGCUUUGAAACGGGAGGUAGUACCUGACAUUCUGCAGUAAGAACCGUAAUGAGUAAUAACAUACAUAUGUUAUUCAGUAUUUAUUUGGACAGUGAAGCAGAAAGAUUUGAUUUAUGUCUAUCUACCAUUUUGGAUUUGAGAUCAAAUGUUUUAUGAGGUGACCGUACAGAAUGCAGGGGUUGAAACCGGUUCGGGGAACAGUACCGAAAUCCUGAAAAUGUUCAAGGAACAGAAUCAGAACUGGGAACAAAAGUAAUCUAUACUAUACGGGAACAGAAUUGUUAUUUUAAUAUUAUGGGAACUGGUUAAUAAAUGUUCCGGGCAUUUUUUUUUUUUUUUUUCAGUCCCACAAAAAAUGUUUUAAAAGCGCCUUUGCAAAAGCCCACCCUCUGUCAAUCAAACUUCAUCCAGCAUCUGCCUGCCAGCUGGAAAUAAUUUCCUAUGUGUGCGCAUGUAGUCUACCAAGAAUGCUUUAAUAGGUUUUAAGAAAAGAUCAGAGUAACAAAUAAUUAAACAGCAGCGGUAUAAUAACAAUAGCGAGGCUUUGUACAGGUGGUACCAGUACAGAGUCAAUGUGGAGGCUAUAUACAGGGGGACCGGUACCGAGUCUGUGGAGGCUAUAUACAGGGGGUACCGGUACCGAGUCUGGAGGCUAUAUACAGGGGGACCGGUACCGAGUCUGGAGGCUAUAUACAGGGGGGUACCGGUACCGAGUCUGGAGGCUAUAUACAGGUGGGGACCGGUACCGAGUCUGGAGGCUAUAUACAGGGGGUACCGGUACCGAGUCUGGAGGCUAUAUACAGGGGGACCGGUACCGAGUCUGUGGAGGCUAUAUACAGGGGGUACCGGUACCGAGUCUGUGGAGGCUAUAUACAGGGGGACCGGUACCGAGUCUGUGGAGGCUAUAUACAGGGGGACCGGUACCGAGUCUGGAGGCUAUAUACAGGGGGACCGGUACCGAGUCAAUGUGGAGGCUAUAUACAGGGGGGACCGGUACCGAGUCUGUGGAGGCUAUAUACAGGGGGUACCGGUACCGAGUCAAUGUGGAGGCUAUAUACAGGGGGUACCGGUACCGAGUCAAUGUGGAGGCUAUAUACAGGGGGUACCGGUACCGAGUCUGUGGAGGCUAUAUACAGGGGGUACCGGUACCGAGUCUGUGGAGGCUAUAUACAGGGGGUACCGGUACAGUCUGUGGAGGCUAUAUACAGGGGGACCGGUACCGAGUCAAUGUGGAGGCUAUAUACAGGGGGUACCGGUACCGAGUCUGGAGGCUAUAUACAGGGGGUACCGGUACCGAGUCUAUGUGGAGGCUAUAUACAGGGGGUACCGGUACCGAGUCUGGAUGCUAUGUACAGGGGUACCAGUACAGAGUCAAUGUGGAGGCUAUAUACAGGGGGUACCGGUACAGAGUCUGUGGAGGCUAUAUACAGGGGGUACCGGUACCGAGUCUGGAGGCUAUAUACAGGGGGUACCGGUACCGAGUCAAUGUGGAGGCUAUAUACAGGGGUACCGGUACAGAGUCAAUGUGGAGGCUAUAUACAGGGGGUACCGGUACAGAGUCUGUGGAGGCUAUAUACAGGGGGUACCGGUACAGAGUCUGUGGAGGCUAUAUACAGGGGGUACCGGUACAGAGUCUGUGGAGGCUAUAUACAGGGGGUACAGAGUCUGUGGAUGCUAUAUACAGGGGGUACCGGUACAGAGUCUGUGGAGGCUAUAUACAGGGGGUACCGGUACAGAGUCUGUGGAGGCUAUAUACAGGGGGUACCGGUACAGAGUCUGUGGAGGCUAUAUACAGGGGGUACCGGUACAGUCUGUGGAGGCUAUAUACAGGGGGUACCGGUACAGUCUGUGGAGGCUAUAUACAGGGGGACCGGUACCGAGUCAAUGUGGAGGCUAUAUACAGGGGGGACCGGUACCGAGUCUGGAGGCUAUAGACUCGGUACCGGUACCCCCUGUAUAUGUGGAGGCUAUAUACAGGGGGUACCGGUACCGAGUCUGGAUGCUAUGUACAGGGGUACCAGUACAGAGUCAAUGUGGAGGCUAUAUACAGGGGGUACCGGUACAGAGUCUGUGGAGGCUAUAUACAGGGGGUACCGGUACCGAGUCUGGAUGCUAUAUACAGGGGUACCGGUACCGAGUCAAUGUGGAGGCUAUAUACAGGGGGUACCGGUACAGAGUCUGUGGAGGCUAUAUACAGGGGGUACCGGUACCGAGUCUGGAGGCUAUAUACAGGGGGUACCGGUACCGAGUCAAUGUGGAGGCUAUAUACAGGGGUACCGGUACAGAGUCAAUGUGGAGGCUAUAUACAGGGGGUACCGGUACAGAGUCUGUGGAGGCUAUAUACAGGGGUACCGGUACAGAGUCUGUGGAGGCUAUAUACAGGGGGUACCGGUACAGAGUCUGUGGAGGCUAUAUACAGGGGGUACAGAGUCUGUGGAUGCUAUAUACAGGGGGUACCGGUACAGAGUCUGUGGAGGCUAUAUACAGGGGGUACCGGUACAGAGUCUGUGGAGGCUAUAUACAGGGGGUACCGGUACAGAGUCUGUGGAGGCUAUAUACAGGGGGUACCGGUACAGAGUCUGUGGAGGCUAUAUACAGGGGUACCGGUACAGAGUCUGUGGAGGCUAUAUACAGGGGGUACCGGUACAGAGUCUGUGGAGGCUAUGUACAGGGGGUACCGGUACAGUCUGUGGAGGCUAUAUACAGGGGGUACCGGUACAGAGUCAAUGUGGAGGCUAUAUACAGGGGGUACCGGUACAGAGUCUGUGGAGACUAUAUACAGGGGGUACCGGUACAGUCUGUGGAGGCUAUAUACAGGGGGUACUGGUACAGAGUCAAUGUGGAGGCUAUAUACAGGGGGUACCGGUACAGUCUGUGGAGGCUAUAUACAGGGGGUACCGGUACAGAGUCAAUGUGGAGGCUAUAUACAGGGGGUACCGGUACCGAGUCUGUGGAGGCUAUGUACAGGGGGGACCGGUACCGAGUCUGUGGAGGCUAUGUACAGGGGGGACCGGUACCGAGUCUGUGGAGGCUAUGUACAGGGGGUACCGGUACCGAGUCUAUGUGCGGGGGCACUGAUUAGUCAGGGUAAUUGAGGUAAUAUGUACAUGUAGGUAGAGUUAUUAAAGUGACCAUGAGUAGAUUAUAUAAAGAGACUAGCAGCAGCGUAAAAGAGGGGUCUGGGUAGCUAUUUGAUUAGCUCUUAUGGCUUGUUUGGUAGAAGCUGUUAAGAAGCCUUUUGGUCCUAGACUUGGCGCUCCAGUACCGCUUGCCGUGCGGUAGAAGAGCGAACAGUCCUUGACUAGGGUGGCUGGAGUCUUUGACCAUUUUUAGGGUCUUCCUCUAACACCGCCUGGUAUAGAGGUCCUGGAUGGCAGGAAGCUUUGCCCCAGUGAUGUACUGGGCCGUACGCACUACCCUCUGGAGUGCCUUGCGGUCGGAGGCUGAGCAGUUAGCCAUGUGGCGCCAUUUAGCCAUGUGGUGCCAUUUAGCCAUGUGGCGCCGAAGAAGAUGGCUGUAGCAUCUCGCGUCCUGCUCUUGUCUGGCCAUCACACGUGUAAACAACUUUAGCUUGCCCCACUCUAUAGCAAGCUGCUCUAGCCACAGUUAGUUUGGGUUGAACCGGUUCAGAAUUUUAUUUUGCUGGUUGUAAAAAAAUAUAUAUAUUAUGGAUCUGUUCAGAACGGAAUUAUAGGAAAUGUAAACUUUUUAUUUCAGGGUAUUUUCAUACACGUCUGUUUUUUUUACCGUUUUUAAAAAUGAAAGCACUUUAUGUAUCUCGUCCCCGUCCCCCCAUUUUGAAGGUGUCAUAAGUAUUUGGACAAAUUCAUUUAUUUGUAUUAAAGUAGUCAAGUUUAGUACGUGGUUUCAUAUUCCUAGCACACAAUGCCUACGUCUAGCUUGUCGCUCUACCAACGUUUUGUAUUUUGUUUUGGUUGUGUUUUGAGAUUGUUGUGACCAAUAGAAAUGAAUGGUAGUGGUAUAAAUAUCAUAAUGCUAAACUCACCGUAUUGGUGAUAGUGAGAGGUUAGCAUAUCUUAGGGGGGGGGGUAUUAUCUUUGUUCCUCUCAACUUUCUCACUCAUCGUUGUUCACGAUUUUAAUUAAUGAUUAUCCGUAAUCGUGGUAGCAUCCACAUUAAUGUAGUGUUCAGAAAUGUAUUCUAUUCUUAUUUACAAUAAAAGUGACUCCAAAAUGACGCAAUACCUUAUUUAACAUUUGAUCUCAAAUCUCAAAAUGCUGGAGUAUAGAGCCAAAUUAAAGGUUUUUAGCUACACUGUCCAAAUAAAUACGUAGGUGAGUGUAUAUUUACCAUUUGCAGAAUGUUUUGCUAUGGUGUGCCCUACUGAACACAACCCAGGAAAACCAUAACUUGUUGAACACUGCUACUAAAACGGUUGAGUGACACGGAUGGAGAUGGAGAUAUGUGGUUCAGCAUUUUGACAGGCAGCUCAAUUCUGGUCUUUUGACCAAUCAGAACAGCUCUUAAAAAUAUUUUUCGAAAAGAUCUAAUGUGAUUGGUCAGAACACCAAUUAAAGGGAGGGGGGGGGGGGGGUCAGAAAAUGUUCUGGCUGUCUAAAUGCAACCUUACUACUACUUAUUUGUUUUUAUGUACGUUGACUUUUGAUGUUGAUGGGCUACUUUUCGAUGUGGGUUAAGACAAUGCUGUUGCUUGUACCAUCCAUGGACAACAGAUGUUGUAAAAUAGUAAUUAAAGGUUUAACUUUUUUUUUUUUUAUCAUAUUUUUAUGCAACAACGGUCAGGCAGUGGAGGCAGACUUUUUAUUAGACAUGGGAUGAAGCGGAGGGUAAAACGCACACUAUUAAAUUGUAAACAUUUUAUUUGGAAAAUAACGUUUACACCGGUAUUAUUACGCUAAAUUAGCAUAGUUAGUGUCACUGGAGAGUUUACCCACCUAUUUUACCACUACGUCCCUGAUGGUAAGACCUUUCACUGAGUUAGUGCCUCCUAAAUUACUCAAACGUGAAUAUAGACCAUAGCCGAUACAACCGUGUACUGUACUGUUUUUAAUACACUUUGUUAUAAAUAAAGGUUUUAACACUGCCUCGAACAGUGGACACUUUGAAUCUGAAUAAAGAACUGAAGU